AUGAUAUCCUCCGCUGCCCUUCUAGUCAAGUAUGUUUUGCAUCCUUUCGGAACACAAUCCGGCAGGGUGGUUGUUCAAGAAAGCGAGUGGGAGUACUUCGUAGCAGUAGUACUCAACAUUGAUCCCAGCACACCAUUUGGGAACGUUAUUCGGAGUACAGCGGACAUGUUACAGCCACACAAAUCGGGAUUCGCCUCCUGCAAUGAUGACCUUGGUGUGCGACGUGUGAAAGUCGUGAAUUCAUCUGGUACAUUUGGUCAUUGUCUUGUGCACAUGGGCGCCGGUGACCGGAAGGGCAGGGCAUCUUUUGAUCUUCGCAAGGGCAUGCAAAUGCAUCUACCUUACUUCGGGCUGAGAGACUAUCAUAACGUGGGAGUUAGCGUUAGUUGUUCUACAGUGGGUGUGAAGCGUGAGAUAUGA